GGAACCACUGAAAGCUACCCCUUGUCCUUGAGGACGCCUGGAACCCCAGCCCCACUGACCCACACUGGCAGGAUGAGCUUCUCACUCACGUUCACCGAGCUGGCCGACAUCGCCAUCCCACAGUGCGGGGUGCUGAACUUCAAGGCCCUGCACCUCCUGCUGCACGGCAUCUUGGAGCACAUCCACAUGGCCGAGCUCAAGAAAGUCCUCUCAGGCGAUGAGGACUUCCUGCAGACCUCGCAGGUGGUCAUGAUGCCCAGGGAAGGAGACGCCCACCCCAUCCUCAUCCCCAUGAAGAGGCUCAGCAAUGUCUUCGACCACGUGGUGAGCCGCCUCGACAAGUUGGAGAACCAGCUGGCCCUGCUGCAGGACCUGCCCUCCACCGCCCAGCUGCUGGAAGCCAGCCAGGGCACUGCCCGGCCCGUCCAGGACCUGUGGCAUCUGAUCAAGCUCCGGAAGAUGGUGGAGGGUCAUGAUGAAGUCAUGGCCAAGUCAAUGCAGACCCUGCAGGACUUGCUCACUGAUCUUCAUGCACUCCAGGUCACCAUCACAGCCCUCAGGAAAGAAGUGGACAUGCUGAAGAACAUGCUUGACAAGGUACACCCAGAAAGAAUGGACAUCUUUGCUGAAGACUUCAAAACACAGAACUGGAAGAUGGUUGCACUGCAGCGGGAAGUGGCUUCUCUCCAGAAUAAGUUUAAAACCAUCCCCAAAACCGAGGACAUGGUGCUCUGGAGUGGCCUCCCUGAUGCCAUGUUCACCUCAGAAAUUGGUUGAUCACCGCUGGACCUGUGGCAGUCUAUAGAGCAGCUCCCAGAGGCAGCCCUGGCCCAGACCACCGAGUACCUUGAAGCUACUCGUGCCAUCCAGGUCUCCGAGCCCGUCCAAAACCCCCAGCUACUGCAGACUGUCUGGCAUUAUGAGGUCUCAGAGCUCCUCCCGGAGGGCUCAUCUGCCCAAGCAGUUUCACUCAGCAGAGCCCAGGAGCCAGCGCAGCCUCCGGCCCUCACGCCUGAGUCUGCACUUGGGUGCACAACUGAAUUUGCACCUGGGCCUGCACCUGGGACUGAACCUGUGCCAGGGCUGGAGGUGGGGCUGGAGCUGGAGCCUGUGCCUGCCCUGGGGCCUGUCCCAGCGACACCUGGGUCCUUGCCAGCACCUUGGCCUGUGCUUGGACCUGUGCCUGCCCCAGGUGCCCAGCCUCCACCACCGGGAGACUGGCCUGCACUCCCAAGACGCUGGCCUCUUCCCCAAGGCUGGCCCAGGGUGGGCUCUUGGCCUCUGUGGGACUUAGGUGUCCUGCGGCCAACUCAGCCCCAACCCUCCAGGGCCCCACCACCAGCCACUGAGUUUGGCUCAGUGUGGCCUCGACCACUCCAGCCAUAUCAGUCUCGCCAGGGAGAAGCCCUCCAGCUCGCAGCUGUCCAAGUAAAGGGGGAGGAAAAUGAUGUCCCCAGCCUAAGGGGCCUUCGGGAGAGGGCCCGCAAGGAUGGGGCCCCCAAGGAUAGAACUCGCAAGGAUGGGGUCCCCAAAGAUAGAGGUGGCAAGGAUGUGGACCCCAAGGAUAGAGCUCACAAGGAUGAUGUCCCCAAAGAUAGAGGUGGCAAGGAUGGGGACCCCAAGGAUAGAGUUGGCAAGGAUGGGGCCCCCAAGGAAGCACAGCCUAAGGCUCCCCAGUCUGCCCUUCACCGGCUGAAAACCACCGCUGCCAUCGCCGCCGCUGCCGCCGCAGCCUACGCCGCUGCCACAUCCUCCGCUGCCCAGGCAGCCAAGGUUGCUGCCAAGUUUGUCAAGGAUGCCCCAGCCACCAAAAUGGCCGCCAUUGCAACAGACACGGCUGCAGCUGGGCCCCUAGGGGUCUUUGCAGAUGUCCUGGGUGCAGGGCCUUCCCGGGAAGCCACAGAAUCCCAGAUCUUGGGCGAUGAUUCCGAAAUCUACAAAAUCCUCUCUCCCUCCUACUCUGCUGCCAGCAUCGGUCCCGAUCCAGCCCUGUCCCAGGCCAUGGUGGCUGCCAAGCAGGCCAUGAGCCCUGAAGACAAGAAGAGGGCUGUCAAGUAUUCCAUGAGCCACAUAGCCCAGAUACCUGUCAAACACGACUCUCUGAAGGAAGAAUUUGCCCAGCUGUCCUGUAACCUGAACCAGCACUUGAGUUAUCUAGCCAAUAUGGGAGGUCCUUCCAGCCUCGGGACAACAGUGGACAUAGUGCAGAAAAAGAUUGGCAGCCUCCAGAAAUCUAGGCUCAAGGAGGAAGAACUUGAGAGAAUUUGGGGCAACCAAAUAGAGAUGAUGAAGGAUCGCUACAUCACUUUGGACAAGGCGGUGGAGAACCUGCAGAUUCGCAUGGAUGAGUUCAAGACUCUCCAGGCUCAAAUCAAAAGACUGGAAAUGAACAAGGUGAAUAAGAGCACGAUGGAGGAGGAGCUGAGAGAGAAAGCUGACAGGAGUGCCCUGGCAGGCAAGGCAAGCCGAGUUGACCUGGAGACUGUGGCCUUGGAGCUGAACGAGAUGAUUCAGGGCAUGCUCUUCAAGGUCACGAUCCAUGAGGACAGCUGGAAGAAGGCUGUGGAGGAGCUCAGCAAGGAUGUGAACACCAAGUUAGUCCACAGUGAUCUGGAUCCCUUGAAGAAAGAAAUGGAAGAGGUCUGGAAAAUCGUCCGGAAGCUGCUGAUUGAGGGCUUAAGAUUGGAUCCUGACAGUGCUGCUGGCUUUAGGAGGAAGCUGUUCAAGCGUGUGAAGUGCAUCUCCUGUGACCGGCCUGUGGAGAUGAUGACUGGCCCACAGCUGAUCACCAUCCGCAAAGCCCACCUGCUGUCCCGGCUGCGGCCAGCCAGCGCCAACAGCUACGAGUACUUGCAGCGGCAACAGAUGAGGGAACAGCAGCGGCUGCAGCUCCAGGACCUCGGUAUCCAGGAGGAUUGUCAGCAGGACUGGGGUGAUGGCCCCCAAAACGCCACCAGCCUCAAGUGCAAGUCCUGCAACCUGUUGACGCUCUAUCCCUACGGGGAUCCCCACGUGAUCCACUAUGACAGCGCCGAGGUGGACAUCCUGGGCGUGGAUGGGAUCCUGUACAAAGGCCGCGUGAACAGCCAGCGUGGGGCUCAGCCCUUGGCCAUCGCAAAGGAGCUGGCAGCUGUGAAGGCUCCAUGUCCCCCGUCACAAAGCCUGUAUGACCGUGUGCACUCCAGUGCCCUAUUUGGCGCCAUCUGCCGCCCCCUGUGCCCCUGCUCCAGUGCCUGCUCAGCUGUCUCGGGCCCUCACCCGACAAUGCCAGCUCGACCACCUUCCCUGCCACCUCUGCCGCUGCUGCCGCCGCUGAUUCCAUCCCUAAGGGACCCCCAGCAGGCCCCAGGGUCCACCAGGCUCUCAAGAGCUCCACACAUUGAGUCCCGAGUCGGCUGGAAGCCCCCCGAGGAGCCCGCCAACCCGUAAGCCCCACCCCGCUGCGCCCCCCCAUCGCCAAGUCCCCUCCACGUCCGAGGCUGAGGCCCAUGCGCCCCCCCCAACCCCUACCAAAUCCCCUCCACAUCCGAGGCUGAGACCCAUAUGCCCCCCCUACCCCAACCAAGUCCCAUCCCCAGCUGAGACCCAGGGCUCUGAGCCUGGCCCAGAAAGGGUGCUGGGGCCCUGGAGAGAGGGGAGGGGUCUGUGUAGGGGACCCCCAUGCUGACCCAGUGGCUGUUUUAUCCUGUGCAUAUAAAUACAAACAGCACAGUGCACAUUCUCAUUCUACAUUGUCAUAUAAACACAGCUUUCUAGAGUGAAUUUUCCAACAAGCCAAUUUAAUUCCUUGAUCCAUUUUCAAUACAACACCAAGUGGUUUGAAAAACACUUUUCCAGCCGGGCACAGUGGCUCACGCCUGUAAUCUCAACACUCUGGGAGGCCGAGGUGGGCGGAUCACCUGAGGUCAGGAGUUUGAGACCAGCCUGGCCAACAUGGUGAAACCCCAUCUCUAUUAAAAAUACAAAAAUUAGCCGGGCGUGGUGGUGGGCACCUGUAAUUUCAGCCACUUUGGAGGCUGAGACAGGAGAAUCACUUGAAUCCAGGAGGUGGAGGUUUCAGUGAGCCGAGAUGGCACCACUGCAUUCCAGCCUGGGCAACAAAGAGCGAAACUCAAUCUC